AUGACUUUUCCAGUGCCGUGUCCACGGGAGCUGAUAGUGGAGAAGAAGCUGUCGCGGUCGGUUCUCGUUUCCUGGAGUCCGCCCGAAGAAUCCUUCGUCGCCGUCUCGCAGUACCACGUCUGUGUCGACGCCGCCGUGAGGGCCAUCGUUCCUGGAUCUUUCAAGGUAACCCUUUUUUCUCACAGUUUUCGUAUCUCAUUGGUUUUUGAUCUCAAAGUGAUCUUCUACAUUUUAUUGGUCAAAACAAACAGUUUGAACUUUUUGAUUUAAAAUUGAGCAUGUUUGAAAUCGGGUCUUAUUUAGUUCCGGCUUCAUUGUCAAAAUUUUUUUUUCUUUUCAAAAUCUUUCUUAUACUUAUUAUUUUGUUAUGCCUGUAAAUAUUAUUUUAAAAAACAACUUUGAAAAAUUGAAAGAACGGUUGAUAUUGACGACUAUAUUCUACAUAAUCCACAGGCAAAGGAAGAUUUUUGGAGCUCGCAAAAUUGAAAAAAAAGCGAGUAAGAUGCUUCAAAGAUCUGUUUUUGCCUUUAUUAGGAACUCUUUUUGAGGUACUUUUUCCUAUCUUUUUAUCUCAUAAAAUCAAUCAAAUAAAUCUAAUAAAAUCUAUCCUCAAUUGGAACGCCAAAGUGGUCACUAAAAUGGCGAAUUUAAAGACCUUCAUAGGUUCCUUUCAAGGGAUCGCCUCAAUUCACUAAAGGGGCUACUUCAAAAGCGGCCUUUCUAAGAGCUUCACUAAGUGGCCUCUCUAGGGGGCAUGCUGUUGGUGUCUAUACUUUUUUUCAAUUUUUUAAACCGGAGCAAAAAGGUAAAAAAGACCGGAACCAAUCGAGCCUAUGGGUCAGAAGCUAUGGGAACCACCCGAUUUUUAGCCUUCUAAGAAGCUCUGGUUCUUUUUUAAAACUGUUCGUAGCAAUUUAUUCUGAUAUAUAAAAAGUAUGCUGAUUUAGAGACAGAAAAAAAUAUUUUUCGCGUUUGAAAAUCGAGGCUUUUUUGAAAUUGUUUCUUAUUUUUUUGAUAGUUUCACGAUAUUUAUCGGUUUUUGUUUUUUUAAGGUGUUAAGGUGUUAAUUCAUUAGGUGUAUGGUUAGAGAUUAUCAGUAUUUUCUAAUAAGAAAAAAAUUGAUAAAAAUAAAUAGAUCAGAAAGAAAAAAAGGAUACCCAAUCGUAAAUAUGAUAUGUGAAACAUCUUUGGUUACGGUAAUAUAUGCGUAGACCGAAUUGAAACUAGUACUACCUCUUGAUGUUCAAGUUUGCUUUUUUUCUACCCCCCCCUCCUAAUUUUUUUGCAAUUCAACAUCUCCCCCUCAAAUUUUUUUGCAAUUCAAAAUCUCUCCCCCUCCGGACUCAUUGAGUUUUUUUCACUUGCCCAUGUAUGGUUACGGUCAAGACAUUCACCAUUUCCUCGUCUACGGCUUCUGAUAGAAUGAUUCCAGUGUCGAGCCCUGGUGGAAGACGUGGCGUUGGAGGGAUGCGUGAAUCUGUCGGUGAGGGCCGUCUCCGAGCAGGGACACAGUCCUGACGCCGCCUGCACCGUCGCCAUCGGUCAUGGUCCGUUUUUCUUUUUUUCUCGGAGUUUUUGCUUUUGAUGUAUACGUGGGAUCAGUUUUAUCACCUGGAGGUAACCUUGAAACGCCCCCCUAGGUGACUUCUUCAUUUGGAAAAUUUAUUCGGACUUUAAAGAAAAUUCUCUAAUUGUUCGAUUUGCGUUCCAGCGAUAGGCUACUUCUUCAUAAAAAAAAACCCUUUUUUUUUAAAAUUUCCUUCAUAGGAUUUAUAGUUUUAGUAGCUACUUUAGGUAGUAAAAUUAGUGGCCACUUUAGUGUCCUCUCAAGUAGUCCUUGGGGAGCCUCUAAAAGUGGCCACUAAAAAUUUUUUUCCCAGAUUUUUGGAUUUAUCAAGUUUUUUUAGCUGCUGCAAAUUUUGGAAUAUGAAUUUUGGUGUCUUCUAUAUAAAUUUUUUUCUCAUUCGCUCCAAAAUUUAAAAAUUUUUUUGACUUUUUUUCGAUUUCCUCCAAGUUUUUUUAAGGUUUUUUUCUUAUACUUUUUUUGGAGUCUUCAAAUUUUUGUUUCACAUUUAUUUCAAAAUUUUUCGAAUCUUCGAGUUUUUUUCUGUUUCCUUCAAAAUUUUUCAAGUUCGAACAUUUUUUCAAUUAGCUCAAUUUUUUUACAAACAUCCCGGUUCUUUUUUCCUAAUUUUUCUUGAAUUUUUUUGAACUUUUUAGUUAUUUGAUCUAAUUUAUUUUUUUCAAUUUUUGAAUUUUUUUAGAUCUUCCUUUUUUUUCUGCCAAAAUUUGUAUGUAGGGCUUUUUUUGUUCUCUCUAAAUUUUUUUAGAACUUUCGGAAUUUUUGAAUACUUUUUUUAUCAUGCUCUUAAAAAUAUUUUUAAAUUUCAGAUUUUUUUAUUUCUUUUUAAAAUUUUCAAGUAUUCAGCUUUUUUUAUAUGCUUCAGUUUCUCGAAUUUGCAUUUUUUUCUUUUUCGAUGAUUUUUCAAAAAUUUCGAAUACUUAGGUUUAUUAUUUUUCGAGUAGAAUUUUUUUGAAUUUUUUUGAUUUAUUCUCUUAUGAUCAGCAAAAAUUUCGGAGAUUUCAGAUUUUUUGCCAAUUUUUUCAAAUUCAUACAUGAUUUGAUACGUUUUGAAAUCAAUCAAUAUUUCAUUUAUUUUUUUUUAAGUCACAGAUUUUUUCUUCCAUGACUUUUCCCAAUGGCAAACCCAGGUUUCCCACAUAUUUCCUCUGGACUCUGACGACGUCGGAGGAGAAGGAGGCGAGAGAGUUGUCAGUGACUAAUUCAUGGCGUUCUUGCCGAUUUCCUGCCCCUGCCGUGAGGCCUUCGGAACAACGGGAAAAGUGUCCAAGAGUUGCCCGCCUCCCGGGGACCGCCCGUCUAUUGAUCCCCGUCGCUGAAAGAAAGGCCCGAAACGCCUCCGCAAAAAGGUAGAAGAAGAGGAGAAGCUGUCCAGUUGACUGGAGAGCGGAAAGAGCAGAGUGACCUUCCGAUGGGAUGAUGAAAAAAACGCUCUUUUUUCUCUUUUUUUGGACUGAAACUUUCAGUUUUUAAAAAGAAGACAGGAGAUAAUAACCGAUGAAUAAUUUUUAAAAAAAUGCUAAAAUUAUUAUAGAUAAGUUUUUCCUUUUUCCAUUCUUUUUCAUUCUUGAAAAAAAUUUGAAGAACGAUGGAUUUGACUCUUUUUCGGUGCAUUUUUUUAGACGAAUUGAAAAAGAUGACAGUGGAGGAAACUAUAAUAUUUGAACAGUAUUACGAAAUAUUGUUGAACAAAUUAAAUACACAAUUUUUUUCCGUCGAUUUACAAUGAUUUUUUUAAUAGUUUUGUGAAAAAAUAAGCCGAAAAACGAGUUUUUUUCCCCUUUUUUUGGGCUUGAACUUGCAGUUUCAAAAAAAGACAGGAGAUAAAAAAACAGAUAAAGAAUAAAAAGCUAAAAAAAUUUAUUAUGAAUUAAAUUUCGUUCGGCCACAUUUUUUUAAAAAAAUUUGAAAAAAACUUUUAUUUAAAAAAAUUUUUUUGAUGCAUUCUCAGAUAGUUUGAAAAAGAUGAAAGUAGAGGAAACUAUAAUAUUUGGACAGUAUUGAAAAAAAUAUUGUUGAACAAAUUAAAUACACAAUUUUUUUCCGUCGAUUUACAAUGAUUUUUUUAAUAGUUUUUGUGAAAAAAAAUAAGCCGAAAAACGAGUUUUUUCCCUUUUUGGGCUUGAACUUGCAGUUUCAGAAAAAGAGAGAGAUAAAAACCGAUGAAGAAUUUAAAAAAAUGCUAAAAAUUAUUAUAGAUAAGUUUUUCUUUUUUUCCAUUCUUUUUCAUUCUUGAAAAAAAUUUGAAGAACGAUUUAAAAAAAUUUGACUCUUUUUUUCGGUGCAUUUUUAGACGAGAUUGAAGAAAAAUUAAAGUGGAGGAAACUAUAAUAUUUGGACAGUAUUGAAAAAAAUAUUGUUGAACAAUUUAAAUACACAAUUUUUCCGUCGAUUUACAAUGAUUUUUUAAUAGUUUUGUGAAAAAAAAAUAAGCCGAAAACGAGUUUUUUUCCCUUUUAUACUGGACUUUGCAGUUUCAGAAGGAUUAGAUUACAUCAAAGAAAAUGGCAAAAGUUAUUGCUUAGAGGGAAAUGUCGAAAAUUAGGAUUGAAGAUGGAAUGUUUUUUGGAAAAAUAGGUUUUUUUGAAAGUUAAGUGAGCAAAAAUUCCGAAAAAAAUGUGUCUAUUUCAAGUUUUUUUGAUGAAAAUUUUUUUGCAAGAAAAAAAUUUAGUGAGAGUUGAACUGUACAGAAAGUAGCAAUCUCUUCAUUUUUUUAUCCUCAAAAGAUUUUUUUCGAGCUUCACUUGUUCAAAGGAUUUAAAAUAAAGAAUAACUAAACUUUUUUUAAUUUUUCUUCAUAAUCUUUUUUUCUUUCAAAAAAACAUUUUUUUCUUCAAGAUUUUUUUCAAAAAAAUAAUUAGACUUCCUUCGACGCCUUAAAAUGUCCUUUAUCAGAAAUUCCUUCAAUUUAUGAGAGGAAGAUGAAGCACAUAUAAAUGAGACAUAUAAUAUACCAUUUAUAGGACGUCGGAAUGAGGGAUAACGGACUUUUACCCGAAAAAAAGUGGCUCUGAAGCUCAUGAGAUCUCGCUGAGCUCAGCGAACUCCCAUUUUGUCCAUUUUUGAAUGUUUCCCGUCUAGAAGAAGCUGAAACGCGUUGGAAAGAUGAUUGGGAGGAGAUUUGAGGAAUUUACGAGACUGGUCACGGUAGCUCAGUUUGCUGCUUCAACUUAGGCUUAAAAUUUUUUGUUGCUCUUUUUUCUCACUGCUUGGUGUCAACAAAUUUUUUGUGAAAGCGAUUCUCUAGUUUUUAAUUGAAGUUUAUUUAGGGAUUUUGUCCGAAGUAGAAUACUUCAAAUCAAAAUAAGUUUUCCUCUUUUUCGUUCCUCCAGCGUAAGCCGUUUUGAGUCGGGCGCGCUUUUUUUUUGAAAAAUAACUGCAAUUGCCGUUCCACGGGCGACCAGAGGCUACCCAGUUGGCAGUCACAGUUUGAAAAUAAGUUUCGAAAAUUGAAUUUUUAUAAUUAGCCUGAAAUUUUUUUUUUUCAGUUUUUAAGUUCCAAAAGUUUUGAGACUCCUUUAGGGAUCACUUGAGCUUUAGGGGUCAGAUUCUGAACUUCUGUGGGGACUAUCUGAAUUUUAUCCCUAUAGGGAACAUUUUCUUGUCCCCUUUUUUGACUGUAAUCCCCUAAACCCUCUAGGGACCACAAUGGUGUUCCUCAGAAACUUUAAAAAGUCGUCUUGGGGGUUUUUUUCCUCCCCUGCAGCAACGUAAUAUAAAAAUGAAGUUGAAGAGGAAUUUGCAGAAGCGCCGGUGGCCCCGCAACAGGUGCGCGUAUGGUCCGUGACGCCGGUCUCGGCCUGCGUCCGUUGGUAUCCGUCGAACAGCAACGCCGAGCACGUCGUCUCCCUGAACGCCGUCAAAGUCGGCGUCUGUCCGCCCACCGUCUUUCAGGUUUUAUCUUCAUUUCGAAACAGGAGACUUUGGAGCAUGAAUUUGGAGCGGCGAAGCGAUUCGACAAAAUAAUAUUUCCAGUUAUAGUCUGUGUGCCACGACUUGGAGUUUCACCAAACGACAUUCCGCUGUUCCGCUGCGCGCCUUUACGAACCUGGGCUUUCAAAUUUUUUCUUUUAUUGAGGUACUCUACUUUCAUGUGCUCCCACAGAAAUAACAAUCGAUUGAAAGCUUGACCUGGAUUCGAAAGACGCUUCGCGUCCGCACGCAGCGGAACAGCGGAAUGUCGUUUGGUGA